GAACGGACAGAGACUGGACAGAGACUUACGAAGCUAUAGAAUCUCUCCUGUAGAAGUGACCCAGACCCCAGUGAGACCACCUCAGACCCCAGGCCUCAGUGACUAGGCCUCCACACACACAUAUGGAACAUGACCAGGUAAGUGGAUUUACUCUCUUCUAUAACUCAUCGGACAUUGUUGUUCCUACUUGGUUUGGGGACAAAACAUUGUCAGGUCUAGUUUUGUCCCUGGUAUGGCUGCAAGUUCGAUAGACCUUGCAUUUUUUAUUUAAAUGUGAGUUUAGUAGAAGUUUGAGGCAUUUAAAUGAGUAUUUUAUGGAAUUGGAUCUCGGCUUUGAAUGUUUGCUAGUAAAUUCAGUUGUGUUUCACUGAUCAGUAAUUUGCCAUUCGGGUUUGGGUCCACUGAGUAGAUUUUGGUUUGGGUCCACUGAGUAGACAUAUUGGUGCAACACUUCUCAGCAUUGCUCACAUUACCAUAACAACACUUACCACAUGCUUGUGAUGCUGAUGGGUGUGUGUGUUAGAAUAUUGCCAAGACCAUGUCGUGGACUUACAAAUUCCCCAUAUCAAUGUUUGUCAUACAGAUGUUGGAUCUUAUCUUGAUCACUCAAGAAAAUUCAAAUGAGCCUUGUGAAUCCCUGAAAAAUAGCAGUUCUCUUUCUCUUCAUGCGGGGGCAGUCGAGUCACUGGGAUCAGGGCUUGCUAUCAAAUUUUUUUUCUCUAUCGCUCGCUCAAACACUAGGCCUAGGUCCUAUCACUGCAACAUUCAAAUGUUCAAAAAUGUAUCUGAAAUGCAGCCAUACAUACAGUGUAUUCGGAAAGUAUUGAGACCCUUUCACUUUUGCCACAUUUUAUUACGUUACAGCCUUAUUCUAAAAUGGAUUAAAUCGUUUUUUCCCCUCAUCAAUCUACACACAAUACUCCAUAAUGACAAAGCAAAAACAGCUGAAAUAUCACAUUUACAUGAGUAUUCAGACCCUUUACUCAGUACUUUGUUGAAGCACCUUUGGCAGCGAUUACAGCCUCGAGUCUUCUUGGGUAUGACACUACAAGCUUGGCACACCUGUAUUUGGGGAGUUUCUCCCAUUCUUCUCUGCAGAUCCUCUCCAGCUCUGUCAGGUUGGAUGGGGAGUGUCGCUGCACAGCUAUUUUCAGGUCUCUGUAGAGAUGUUCGAUCGGGUUCAAGUCCUGGCUCUGGCUGGGCCACUCAAGGAAAUUCUGAGACUUGUCCCGAAGCCACUCCUGUGUCGUCUUGGCUGUGUGCUUAGGGUCGUUGUCCUGUUGGAAGGUAAACCUUCGCCCCAAUCUGAGGCCCUGAGCGCUCUGGAGCAGGUUUUCAUCAAGGAUCUCUCUGUACUUUGCUCCGUUCAUCUUUCCCUCAAUCCUUACUAGUCUCCCAGUCCCUGCCACUGAAAAACAUCCCUACAGCAUGAUGCUGCCACCACCAUGCUUCACCGUAGGGAUGGUGCCAGGUUUCCUCUAGAUGUGACGCUCGGCAUUCAGGCCAAAGAGAUCAAUCUUGUUUUCAUCAGACCAGAGAAUCUUGUUUCUCAUGGUCUGCGAGUACUUCAGGUGCCUUUUGACAAACUCCAAGCGGGCAUGUGCCUUUUACUGAGGAGUGGCUUCUGUCUGGCCACUCUACCAUAAAGGCCUGAUUGGUGGAGUGCUGCAGAAAUGGUUGUCCUUCUGGAAGGUUUUCCCAUCUCCACAGAGGAACUCUGGAGCUCUGUCAGAGUGACAAUCGGGUUCUUGGUCACCUCCCUGACCAAGGCCCUUCUCCCCUGAUUGCUCAGUUUGGCCGAGUCUUGGUGGUUCCAAACUUCUUCCAUUUAAAAAUGAUGGAGGCCACUGUGUUCUUGGAGACCUUCAAUGCUGCAGACAUUUUUUGGUACCCUUCCCCAGAUUUGUGCCUCGACACAAUCCUGUCUACGGUCAAUUCCUUCAACCUCAUGGCUUGGUUUUUGCUCUGACAUGCACAACUGUGGGACCUUAUAUAGACAGGUGUGUUCCUUUCCAAAUCAUGUCCAAUCAAUUGAAUUUACCACAGAUGGACUCCAAUCAAGUUGUAGAAACAUCUCAAGGAUGAUCAAUGGAUACAGGAUGCACCUGAGCUCAAUUUCGAGUCUCAUUGCAAAGGGUCUGAAUACUUAUGUAAAUAAGCUAUUUCUGUUUUUUAUAUUUAAUACAUUUGCAAAAAUGUCUAAAAACCUGUUUUCGCUUUGUCAUUAUGGGGUAUUGUGUGUAGAUUGGGAAAAAAAUAAUUUCAUCCAUUUUAAAAUAAGGCCUUGACUGUACAUACAGUGCAUUCGGAAAGUAAGGGGUCUGACUACUUUCUGAAUGCACUGUAUAUUUGAUCAGUUGUGUCUUUAUAGUUUAGGGUUGUGUAGGAUUUUGGCUAGAGUUAAACUUCAGAUGUAAUCAUAGAAGGCAUGCCUGUGUUUAGAAUUUGAUCAUGUCCAUAGCCUACUAAUGCCAAUCCCUACCUGACUCCCUUCUCUCCGCAGAACAGUGACCAUCCGCCCCCAUACUACAUAGUAGCAGUGCCCACCCAGCCUCCUCCUCAGUAUGGAGAGGUGGUGGGAACCAGAGGGUGGUCUGACGCCACCUUCCAACCUUACUACAUCACCCAGCCUAUACCACAUGCAAAUGUCAUCCAUGUCUCUCAGAGUGCCCGUAAGUUCCUCACAUUCCCUUUACUUCCUCAAUCCUCAAUAUAUAUUCCUUUCCCUAACUAUAACUAUAACUCUUUCUAUGAGAGGGCUCCAUCUCUCUCUCUCUCUCUCUCUUUCUAAACCUAAAAUGUCCCUGUUUCUCCCCCCUGCAGCCUCUCGUCGUAAGAAAUGCUUGUCGUGUGGGAACAGUUCCCACUGUUACGGAGGAUCAGGAGGAGCCACCCUACUGCUUGUCCCCCUCGCUAUCGCUCUCUGGCUGGGAGGUAACUGGACCAAUAACUUACAGAGAACCCAUACAGUACAACAUACAACUAUGUGUACAUAAUGUAACAUAAUUUUACAUGGACAUAAUGUAACAAUAAAAGAUGUGAGAAUUUAUGACAGAAACAUUUAUUUCCAAAAUCAUAAAUUCCAUAUUUAGGGUAUCAUGUGUAUAUGAAUGUAAUAUACCGCAUAUGAUAUUGCAUUGUUUUGGUAUAACCUCUGUCCCUGGUGUCUGGCUACCUAAGCAGCAGUGAAGCCUACCAGCCCAGCGAGAUGGAGAAAGACAGCUGUCCCUCCAACACUGUGGAGUGUGAUGCCCGACAGGAAUGCAAACUGGGCAGAGAUGAGACCAAUUGUUGUCAGUACCCCUGUAGCUACACCUAGUUUUUGUUGUCAGUAACAAAAAGAGAAGCAACCUUUCUGGAUCUGUAAUUGAUUUAUAAUGUUCUAACUGAGUGAUGCAUCUGUGUGAUCCAGUGAUGUUCUAAUUGAGUGAUGCAUCUGUGUAUUAUCCAGUAAGGUUCGGGUCGAACGGGGCUCUCCAGGUGAAGACAAACAGCGCUGGAAGUUUCCUCCCUGUGUGUUACAAUGGCUGGAACAAGGGACUGGCUGACCAGACCUGUGCACAACUAGGCUUCAGAGGGUAAGAUCUUCCCCUGUUUGACUGUACCCAUCAAAUCAAAAUCAAAUGACAUUUUGUUCGUCAUGUACACAGUUUACAGAAGGUAUAAAAGGUGCAGCGAAAUGCUUGUGUGCUAGUUCCCUCCAUAUUGCAGUACAAUAAUCAAUAAUCAAUGGUUUAGUGGUGUGAGGUAGUGAUGUGGGCGACGUGUAUAUGAACUUCUCUCUGCAUCUAUUUAUUUAGGAGUCAUAGCACUAGCAGUGUGAAAGAUGGAUCCUCUACCACUCUCACUGUGACAGGGCAGACCUGCAACACCAUCCAGGGAAAGGUGUCAGUAAAGUAAGUACUCCUGUACACACUCAACAGCCCUUUGCAUAUGUCACACACUGAGUAAUAAUUUACAUGCCAAUUUGUGUACAUAGCUGCGGGAAGUAGGGAUGCUGCAGCACCCCCUGAAUAAUCAGAAUAUAUAUAUAGAAAAAUAUAUAUAUGUGUUUGUGAAAUGUAUACAUUUUUCACAAAAGUAGUGCACUGGGCCUUUACCAGUCCUGUAUUAGCGGACCGAUAUAGCUGUCUGUAGCCGGGCCCCAACAAAAUGUCUUCCCCCCCCAAAUGGCGAAAAAAACACAGCACCCCCAAAUAUCUUCCUGUGGCUAUGGUUGUGUAUAAUACAUCAAACAAAGUCAAAACACUUCACAUAUUUGUUAUGAUAAGAGACAACAUGUACCAGAGCCAAAAAUGCCACCAUUAGAUGGAGUGAGGAAGGCAAAUAAAACAUGUGACCUCAUUGGUGAUCUGAUUUAAAUGUGCUUUUCUGUCUGUGUUCAGUAGCUCAUCCUGCCCCAACAAGGACACUGUCUCCCUGCAGUGUAUCAGUGAGUAACUGUCUUUACAUUCUCUCAGUUCAUGCACAAAGGCAACCAGUGGUGUUUCAAGGCUGCAUAGAGUUUGAUCUAGCUCUCCUGAUGAACAGAGGACCAAAUACAAAUCCCCAUACUGUAUUAGCACUAUGGACCGACUAUGGACGGACUUACUCCCUCUCUCUGUAGACUGUGGCCGGCAGCAGUCAUCCAGAAUCAUAGGGGGCUCUGCAGCGAAUCUGGGCAAUUGGCCUUGGCAAGUCAGCCUCCACUUUCAGGGCUUUCACACCUGCGGAGGCACCCUGGUGGCGCCUGACUUUGUGGUGACAGCAGCCCACUGCUUCCCCAGGUCAGUACGGCAGACAACACAGCAGACAAUGGACAAGGAACUGUGCUGAGACAAUGUAAAGCAGAACAGUAAUGACAUUAUCAAACAGAACAUAUAGAACAGCCCUGAAACGUAACAAUGCUUAGACAAAAUAACUGGGAUAUGACAGUGCAAAGAUAGAACAGAGCUGGAACUGAACAAAGCUAACUGAAGUGAGCUAGCUAAAACUGAACAGUGCUUAGGAUGAACAUGGCUAAAACAGUUAUCAGUGAAGAGUGAAAUUACCUAACAACUCUUUUCUCUCUAGGAAGGACUCAUCGUACCUGGUGCCCAAUAACUGGGCAUGGUUUCUCAGACGAUGCUGCCUCUCCCUGAGAUGGUGGAGAAGAUCAUUGUCCAUGAGAGCUAUGAUGACAACACCAACAACUAUGACAUCGCCCUGCUUAAACUCACACAUUAUGUAGACUACUCCAGUGAGUUCACCUUUAACCUAACAAUAUUACAUGAUUAUUGAUGCACAUUACACCAUACUGGAUCCCUAUUAUCUCUGAUCAUCAUAAUUAACGUGUGUGUGUGUGUGUGUUGUUUCAGACAGCAUCCAGCCUGUGUGUCUGCCUGCCUAUGACAAGACCGUCUCCCCUGGGACAGAAUGCUGGACCUCUGGAUUUGGGACAACAGAGGAGGGGGCAGGUGAGAGUCACAGGGACUGGCACAGAGGGGCAACUUUUUAUGUUCUGUUUGGCAUUGGGGUGAACAUGAAGAGGAAAUAGAAAAACAGCAUGAUAGGAGAUGUGAUGUGAUUAAGGACUAGAAAACAAUCUGGUGUGAUAUUCUGUAUGGUAAUAUCUGGUUUGUUUGCUUUGUGUUCAGACCGUGGAUCCACAAGUCUUAUGGAGGUGACUGUGGACAUUAUUGACUCCAGUGUAUGUAACAGAAACACAGUCUACAACGGCCAGGUCUCUCAGAACAUGUUGUGUGCUGGAGAUAUGAAGGGAGGCAAGGACUCCUGCCAGGUGAGUGGAGGAGGACACUUGGACCCAUCAGAGAACCAGACAGUAGCUACUUCCACACAGCUUCUUACAUGAAGUCCACAAAUCUUACCGUGUCGCUUUAUUCCCUCCUUCCCUUUUCUUCUCUCCCUCUUCCUCUCCGUCUCCAUUUCCGUCUCCCACUCCCCCUACCACUCCUUUCCUCCACUUGGGGGACAGUGGAGGUCCUCUGGUGUGUAAGGACUCAGACCAGCGCUGGUACCUGACGGGGGUGACCAGCUGGGGGGGUAGGCUGUGGCAGGAGGAACAGGCCGGGGGUCUAUAG